AUGGCGGCAGAAAUGCAAUUGGUGAAGCAUUUAUCUCGAAAAAGAAAAUUAAAUGAAGAAAGAUUAUUUUUGUGGCAAAGAGAGAGCGUUACACGAGCAAAGCGUCGUUUCGAAGAUGAAUUAGCUGAUGAGAUCGAACUAGCGCUUGCUGCAGCAUCAUCUGUUAUUUUUCUUACUAGAAAACAAAGGAAGGACAGGCGUCCUGAUGAGCGCAGGAGAAAUACUUGGUGGUCUGAAGGCUAUCAGUCUUGGAGUGAUGCAGCAUUCAAGAGGCGCUUCAGAGUGUCUCGUGCGACGUUUGAUUUUCUUCUAAACGAAAUUGGUCACGAAAUUGUUAAACAACCAACUCGAAUGAAACCCCAUCCAACAACUCUUGAUACACAAUUGGCAAUUUGUUUGUAUUGGUUGGCACAUGGAGUUACCUAUCUAACAGUAGGAGAUUUAUUUGGUGUUGCUGCAUCAACUGCUUAUUGCAUCUUCAUGGACGUUUGCAAAGUGCUGGUCAAGAUCUUGUAUGACAGGUUUAUUUACCUACCAAAGACAAUAGAUGAAUGGACACACGAACUCCAAGGGUUUCUUGAAAAUUGGGAGUUUCCAUGUGUUGGGGCAUGGGAUGGCUUUCAUGUAUAUGUUUCGAGUAGAUUGAAGAAUUUUUAUAGUUACAAGAAGCGAUAUUCUGUUACUAAUAUGGGGUUUAUUGGAUAUAAUAAAAGGUUUAUGUUUGCUGCAGUAGGUGCACCUGGCUCAACUCAUGAUUCAAGGCUUUUAAAGAAUUGUGAAGUAUACUCAGAAAUUGAACAUGGCAAAGUGCUGCCAAAAAAUUCACUGAACCUACAACCCUAUGGAGAAAUACCACUUACAACUGUUGGUGAUUCAGCCUUUCCAUCCCACUCGUGGUUUCUUAAGCCAUACAAAGAAGGAAUGCGAGAACCCCAAAAAAGUUACUUCAACAGGAGGCUUUGUUCUGCCCGAGUUGUGUCCGAGCAUGCAUAUGGAAUGCUUAAAGGUAGAUGGCGAAUCUUGUACAAGAAGACAGAAUGUCAUUUGGAUAAUAUUCAAAUAUUAAUCAUGACUUGCAUUUUGCUACUUAACAUUUGCAUUGACAGAAAUGAUCCAUGUAAGCCCAGAUGGCGCCUUGAAGUAAACCAGCUCAAUCUCAUUCAUGGAUCUGGCCAAGCAACAAAUGCAGCUGAAGAUGUAAGAUGCAUGAUAACUAAUUGGCUAUGGACAUUGCGGCAAGAAAGAGCCAUAUAA